CUUUACAUAAAUUUGCUGUAAUAUUCUAUGCUUUGAUGCUAAAUUAUACCUUUUAUUGCGUUUUGGGAUCUGGAUUUAAGGUUGAAUAAUUUACUUGUUUAAACUUUUUCUACUGGAGUGUAGUGUUAAGUUAGAUUCUGAAUGUCUUGGUGCCGUUGAUUUCGAAUAUCAGCAAAAUAUUUCACCGUAACGAUGUUUGUUGAACCAUAUGCGAGGGAUCACCAUGUUUAAAGCACAAAAUGGAUUCAUCUUCCUGAUUUUAAUUCUCUCAGGCCUAUUGUCCAGAUGUAGUGCCCAGUCACUGUGUGAUUCUGCCCCCUGUCUUCACAAUGGCACCUGUACCGUGACUACAGAUGGACAGACCUACACCUGCACUUGCCCAGAUGACUAUGUAGGUUCAGACUGUGAGGGCGUCAUCAGAUACUGCCUCAAUGGAGCGGGACCAUGUCAGAAUGGGGCCAUUUGUGAGGACAUACAUGAAGGUGGUUACCAGUGUUUCUGCGAGCCAGGUUUCCAUGGCAACCAAUGUCAACAUGAAAUCAAUGAGUGUGACCCCAAUCCAUGUCAGAACAAUGCUAAAUGUAUAGACGGGCGUAACAGAUACACUUGUGAUUGUCCAAUAGGAACUUCAGGGGUCAACUGUGAAAUCAAGGUCACAACUGGCUGCAGCUCUUCACCUUGUCUCAAUGGAGGUACAUGCAUUGCUAUGGAAACAUCUGGUCAGUACACAUGCACCUGUUCCCUUGGUUACAAAGGUCAACACUGCGAGGUCAACAUUGAUGAUUGUGUAAAUCAUACAUGCAUGGACUACCAAGUCUGCACAGACUUAGUGAAUAAUUAUAGAUGUGAUUGUCCUGUUAACACAGAGGGCAACCUUUGUGAAAUCAACCUUGACCUUUGUGCCAGUGGCCCCUGCUUUAACUCUGCGACCUGUGUACAUGAGGGGGACAGAUAUACAUGUGAAUGUCCUGAGGGCUAUUCAGGAGUAAACUGUGAGGUCCAAAACAGCCUUUGCUUUCCAAACCCUUGUUUCCAUGGCGCCUCAUGUGACGUGACCUUCAACCCUGACACUGGAUAUAGGUGUACCUGUGCAGAGGGAUUUAUUGGCACCCACUGCGAGGCCAAAGUAACGCAGUGUCACAGUAUUCCGUGUUUACACGAUGGUGUGUGUGUUGAGAAUCUCUACACAUCUGGUUACACAUGUGCAUGUAAAGAGAAUUACACAGGCAAUAUUUGUGAGACAGAACUUGAGGGCUGUCUUCGUACAGGGUGUUUGAACGAAGGGACCUGCGUAGCUACUGAUCAAGGUCACAUGUGCCAGUGCUUAUCGGCAUGGGAAGGUGUACGAUGUGAAGAUGAUGUCGACGAAUGUAACACAACACCUUGUCAGAAUGGGGGACAGUGUGUUAACUUGGCUGGAAUGUACAUCUGCCUGUGCACGAAGCACUGGACCGGAACCACGUGCACAGAAGAUGAGCUGGAAUGUGUACAAUCUCCGUGCAAGAAUGGAGCUACGUGUGUGGAGACAGUGGGUGGGGAACCUGCAUGUCUGUGUCCGCUAGGAUUUACUGGCCCACUAUGCGAGACCCCAGUGGAUGGCUGCUUUCCAGACCCGUGUGAAAACGGCGGCUUGUGUGCCAACAGCCUCGGAAACUUUACUUGUACAUGUCUACAAGGGUUCACAGGCCAAAAAUGUGAAGACGAAAUCAAUGAAUGUGAAGUUUUCUCCCCUUGUGUCAACAACGCCACCUGCACAGAUCUGCUUAAUGCCUACAAGUGUUCAUGUAUAGCAGGCUUCACAGGGGUCAACUGCAGUGUGAACAUUGAUGAUUGUGACCUUGACCCUUGUAUCCAUGGCAGCAGAUGCAUUGAUGGGGUCAAUGGGUUCACUUGUGAAUGUCUAGAGGGAUAUACUGGAGAAAAUUGUGAAGAUGAGGUGAACAGUUGUUCUCUAGAUCCCUGUCGGAAUAAUGCAACCUGUGUCAGUGAGGCAGGGAGGUUCCAGUGUACGUGUCUACCAGGGUGGGAAGGUGACUUAUGUGAGGUGAAUAUUGAUGACUGUUCUCCUGAUCCUUGUUACAAUGGUAGUCCGUGUUUGGAUGGCGUUGAUGACUAUACAUGCAAAUGUGCCACAGGUUAUGAGGGUAAAAACUGCUCCAAAGAUAUUCAGGAAUGUUUAAGUGCACCUUGUUUGCAUGGGGGCACUUGCUCUGAGCCUGUUGCAAAUGGUUACAAGUGCACCUGCCCAGCUGGUGUCUAUGGUGACACAUGUCAAUUUGUCUCUGUUGCAACAUUUGAUGGCUCCUCAUUGGUCAGUUUGAAUCCUCUGACAACCAAUGAAAACGUAGGAAAUUCUACUACCAAUGAAAACAGAGAAAAGAGAUUAGCUAAGCGAGCUGUUUAUGACAGAAUAAAGCGACAGGCAACUGAGGAAAUUAAUAUCAAGUUAACAUUUACAACAACAAUACUUGAAGGGACUUUGAUACUAGCAACUGGGAUUUCUGCCGCUCAAGAUAAUUCUCAUUUUUUGGUUCAGUUUGUAGAAGGAAAUUUAAUUGUGUCACAGAAUUUGAAUGGAGAAUUACUGAGAGGCCAAAUACCAUUGGCACAGUCUGGCUUCGACAGCGUCAGCCAUGUUGUUACUAUCACUAUGACAACCACAGAAACUAACAUUUCAUUGGGCAAUUGCUCAGCUGGUGACUGUCAUUUGGCUCUAAAAUCAUCUGUGAUUGGUCAAAAAAUAAUUUUGAAUGAGUCACUGUAUAUUGGAGGCUUACCACAGAUGACUGCAUAUCUAAGAAGUAAAGUUCAGACAUUGCCUGGAUUUACUGGAUGUAUUGGGAACUUGUCAAUAAACAAUGAACCAAUCAGCAUUCUCCCUGCCUCACAUGAUGCAAAUCAAACAGACCAAUCAAAGCAGCCAAUUCCAGGUUGUAGAUCACAUGACCUCUGUGUUCAGGCCACAUGUCAAAAUGGGGGCCAAUGUAUGGAUAAGUGGUUCAGCCAGUACUGUCAGUGUGCAGAUGGAUAUACAGGUCGGCGAUGUGAACACCAGAAUGUAGCCCAUUUCACACCCCGGUCAUUUCUACACCUUGGUAACUUUACAAAGCUUGUGAACCUCUCACUCUGGGUCACAGUGAACUCUUCCACUGGCAUGAUUCUUUACACGCUUGACCUUGACUUGAUGGCCUUGUACAUAGAUGAAGGUCAACUUGUCCUGCAUCUGGUUGUCAAUGGCGAUGACUUUGUCAAUAGAGUGGGGUACCUUUCAACAGGGGACUGGUAUCAAGUCAAUGCCUACUUCGGUCCUGGAGUAUAUAAACUAACCUUAUCUAAUGAUGUAUCUGGAGUAGCAGGAACUGCUCAGGGAACUGUGGGUAAUUACCUGGACGUUGAUAUGCCGCUAUUUUUAGGGCAGGUACAUGAGCACCCUUCUCUCAGCAAGUGGAAGGAUAGGCAGGGAUUCAAACUGAAUAAUAGUUUCACUGGCUGUAUAAAAAAUCUUACCAUCAACCAAUCACCUGUGGACUUGAUGACAUCAUCCGAGUCUAUUUUUGGAAACGACCCUCCUGCAGCAAUUCCAGGGUGCGCUAGAGACACUUCCUGUUCUGGGUUGCCAUGCCAACAUGGAGGUCGUUGCAAUGGAAACUGGGGAACUCAUUCUUGCCAAUGUUCUAGCAGUUAUUCAGGCAAAAAUUGUGAACAAGCUCAGUCAGCAACAUUCAAUGGCAGAACAAGUUUUAUGGAAUUUCACUUGAACACUACAGCAUUUGCUUUUGGCGAUGAAGGCUCGUUCGAAUUUCGCACUCGUAACCAGACUGUGACACUGAUGUAUCUACAAUUUUACCACUCUUUGACUGGCUCAGCCAAUGGCAGCUUGGAGUUUAGUCUAUACAAGGGUGCACUUCAAAUGACCUUGACAUUGGAAUCAGGAAAACCAAAGAGGCUAACCUUCAACCAAUCACUAUCAGAUGGUCAGUGGCACACUGUUAUAUGGUCAAGAGGUCAUGGCCUUCUGAAGGUGACCCAGGGGUCAAAGUCAUUGUCGUUGGUAACACAGUUCAACCCAUUUUCGUACCAGUCGAAGAUCACAGCAUAUCUUGCAGGAAAGCCUUUUCAGCGAGGCAAUCCAGGAUUCUUGAUCGGACUUGUGAAAGGCUGUAUUAGAAAUGUGACGUUCAAUGAAAAUAUUGUACCUUUUCUUGACCCAGACGUUUCUAAAAAUAGUGGUGUCAAUAUAAAUAGCAGAGACAUUCUACAUGGUUGUCACGGUGAUGAUAUUUGUAACCUUGACCCUUGUGAAGGUCAUUCUAAAUGUACUGACGUUUGGAAUGCUAAAGAAUGCUCCUGUUUGGAAGGUUGGGAAGGGAUUGUUUGUAAUGUAAGUAGUGAUGAUUGUGUUCAAAACUUAUGUGCUAAUGGCCUAUGUGUAGAUGAACAUUUGAACUAUACAUGUGCUUGUGAUAUCGGUUACACAGGGGAUUUUUGUGAUUCUAUUUAUGACCCAUGUGAUAAUAUCCCCUGUUCUACGGAAGGGUCCAUUAAUUGUACUUUUACAUUUCCUGCAAAAUUUGAAUGUUUAUGCAAAUCUGGUUGGACUGGAGAACAUUGUUCCACCGAGAUAAAUGAGUGUGAAAGAAAUCCCUGCUUGCAUGCUGGGAAGUGCAGUGAUCUUGUGGAUGGAUACAACUGUGAUUGUACUGGGGACUACUUUGGUGAUAGCUGUGAACAGGUUUAUAUUUGUUCAUCUCAGCCAUGUUUUAAUGGUGGAACUUGUAAUUCAUCGGAUGAUAAUUUAAACUUUACAUGUGAAUGUAUCGAUCGAUUCUCAGGAAAAAAUUGUGAAACAUUUGAUAUCUGCUUUAACCAUAUUUGUAGAAAUAAUGCAACUUGCAUAUCAUCUUCUGAAGGUUAUACUUGUCAAUGUUUUGACGGGUUUUAUGGGGUUUAUUGUGAAUUCCCAGACCUUUGUUCCAGUAACCCAUGCUUGAAUAAUGCAACGUGUAACAAUGACAAAAAUACAUUCAAUUGUGUUUGUAACGAGCAUUAUUCAGGUUUAACAUGUGAAUCUUUGAUUAAUUAUUGUGAUAAAAAUCCUUGCAAAAAUGGGGGGCAGUGUUUCUUUACAGAAGAGACAGUGACUUACGACUGCAGAUGCCUUCUAGGGUUUGAGGGUGAACAUUGUGAAAUAGAUGCUAAUGAAUGCCUUUCAAAUCCUUGUCUUAAUGGCGCUACUUGCAUUGAAAGUAAUCAGACACCUUGGAACUUCUUUCCUGGUUAUCAUUGUACAUGUGCACUAGGUUUCUAUGGUAACCAAUGUGAAAACGAAACAAAUGAAUGUGACAGUUUGCCGUGCAAAAACAAUGGUAAUUGUGAAGAUUUAGUAAACUCAUAUCAGUGUAAGUGCUUAGAUAAAUUUUCGGGAGCAAAUUGUGAAAUUGAUCUCAGAGGGUGUUCCUCAAAUCCAUGUCAAAACAAUGCCCAAUGUGUUCAAAACGAGGCUGCUGAUUUGACUAUACGUUAUUCAUGUGUAUGUGUAAAUGGCUUUGUUGGUGCUCACUGUGAAAGCAAUGUAAAUGACUGUGUGAAUCAUAAAUGUGUAAAUGGUGCUACUUGUGUAGAUGGGAUUGAUUCUUACACGUGUAAUUGUCAACAAGGAUAUGAUGGGAUAUUUUGUCAUGACGUUGCUGAUGCAUGUUAUAGUCAACCAUGUAGGCAUGGUGGUGUAUGUAACUACAGAGGUUUAUGUGAUUGUGUAGAGAUAGUAAACACAUGUGGCUGGCAUAAUGAAACCUGUCAGACAUUGCUGUGUAACCAGACUCCAGCGUGUAAUGUCUACACCACUCCUUACACGUGUAACUGUGAUAUAACAGGGUACCAUGGUGAUAUUUGUGAUGUUGACGUUAAUGAAUGUGUUAACACAAAUGCGUGUGAGCAUGAUGGUGUAUGUGUUAACACGCAGGGGAACUACACAUGUGACUGUACACAGACAGGGUUCAAAGGUCAAAGAUGUGAGCUGGAUAUUGAUGAAUGUGCUGGGCCAAAUCCAUGCUUUAAUGGAGGUCAGUGUGAAAACUUUGCCGGGUCUUUCAAAUGCCUUUGUCAAGCAGGAUGGACAGGACAAACAUGUGGCCAACUUGUGGACAACUGUAUGAAAUCACCAUGUAAACAUGGGGGCAUAUGUGUUAACACACUCUCUGGCUUCAUAUGUGACUGCUUGGGAACUGGUUACCAAGGCAACACUUGUGAGCUCAACAUCAAUGAUUGUUUUGGAAAUCCAUGUCAGAACAAUGGCCGGUGUGUAGAUGGAGUGAAUUCAUUCACCUGUGACUGUGCAGUAACUGGUUACCAUGGAGACCGGUGCCAGGUGGAGACAGAUGACUGUGCAGGUGUUCCAUGUGCUAACAAUGCCACCUGCAGGGAUGUUGGGCUCACAUUUGAGUGCUUGUGUACAGAUGGGUUUACAGGUCAAAGGUGUGAGGAAGACAUAGAUGAAUGCUCCAAAGGUUCCCACCAAUGUGCCAAAGGUUCCACUUGUCAGAACACUGAGGGCUCCUACACUUGUCUGUGUGCUGAUAAGCAGUCUGGCUGGCUGUGUAAUAUCCCCUUAGGGCAGACUGGGAGUGAGGAGUCAUCCAAUACUGGGGUCAUAGUGGCCUCAGUGGUCAUUAUCAUUGCCAUCAUCCUGGCGCUUGCUGUGUAUACUUACUGGUACGUUCGGAAGUCUAGGAGACUGAAGGGCCAAUACAAGCCAUCUCAGAUGGAACAGAACGGACUGGGGCUAGCUCCGGGUAUACCUCUCAACAAAAUGCUAGACACUCCUUAUGGGGAGAGGCUUAUAUGACGGGAAGAAGGGGGUGGGGAUAACUUGUCAAUCAAAACAUACACUUUUCUCUGAUCUAGAAACUUCUGUGCUGUAAAAUCCUUCAGUUUUGCUGUGGUAUAGAUUUGAGCUUUUUUAUUCCAAAUAAACCCAUUUCUCUGAACUGAUGUUUUUUUUAUCCUGUUAAUUAUCAGGCAGAUAGUAUAUGCAAAAUUAAAAGCCUUAGCAGAAUGACUUAUUAAUAACCUAUAUUUAUUGAAACUAUAUCAGGCUUUCACUAUGGAACUAUUUAUAUGAUAAUACCAAUAAUUGGUAAGUUACUACUGUUAGAACAUCUCUGAUUUAAUGGUAAACAAAUGCAAAUGUAUUUAUACAUUUACUGUUUUAGAUAUUGCUCAGACAAAUUGUCAUCGUUAUGUGUUUUUGAAACACUGUUGAUAUGAUUAAUAUGAAAUAAAACGUGGAAUGGCGGUCUCAGGAAAAAUAACCAUGAACUCGACACGCAUACAGGAACCACAUUAUUGUAUUAUAUGUUGAAAUUGUAAUUAAGUUUUGAUAAAUUUGUUUUUGUUGGAAAAUACUGAAUAUAUCACUGAUCGAGUCACCUAUGUCCAUUAUGGAAAUCAUGUUUAUCAUUGCAGAUGUGUAUUCUUUACUUGAUGUUUUUCUUUUAUGCAACAGUUUCAGUUGAUACAAAAAAUCAUGGUAUGUUGAAAUAUUGUUUAAGAAAUGAAAGG